AUGUGACCAGUCUUGGCCUCUCUACUUGAAACAACCUCGAUCGAUGAGCUGUUUGUUGCGUUAUCAGCAGUACACAUUGUGAAAUAGCCUUAUCCUUAAGCAUAACACUCGUCUGAGGCAAUUAUAACUGUUGGAACUUUUCUGAAAACAGUUUUAUAAACAUCACUCGCCAUGGAUUCGGACAACCAACGCCUCCAUACAAGAACUCAGUCGGUGGGAAGUAAUCACUGUGAGCAGGAAAGGGUAGCCGAAAGUCAAGCCAACGGAGGCAAAAACAGCAGGCCACACGAGUAUGGCACGAUUUACAAGCCAGAUGACGAUAGUUCAGAAUCCACAUUAGUGAGCUCGGGCUCAACGCGUUGGGACAAGAUCUGUUACGCCUGCUGCCCAUGCGCACCUGAUUGGGUCAGAGAGGAAUUCCCAGAGUUGUUUAGCCUAGCCUGGUCUAUGAUUGUCCUCUCGUUGUUCAGUUUCCUAUUCGGACCAGUCAGUCUAGCGUUUUGUGGUCAUCUUGGUACAGAUAUACUGGCCGGGGUGGCCAUGGCUGGCACGGUGUUUAACGUGACUGGUGUAUCUAUUGGUGCCGGUCUCUCUACCGCGUGCGAUACAUGUUUCUCUCAAUCGUUUGGCAGCGUCAACAAGAAGAUGGUAGGCAUUUAUCUCAUCAGAGGUAUGAUGAUCAUAUUGUUAUUCAUAUUCCCAUGUUGGGCAAUCCAUAUCAACGCCGAGCUCAUACUUGUCGCGAUGGGACAGGAUAGGGAAAUUGCAAGAAUUGCUGGGGAGUACAUCACCUGGAUGAUGCCAGCCUUACCGGCGAUUUUCGUACAGGAGAUAAUGCUGCAGUACCUUCGAUGUCAGAAUAUCUUGUUGCCCACGGUGAUCAUAGGCGCGAUAGGCAUCGGGACAUGCGCAUUGACGCAUUACCUCUUUCUUUAUGUAUUUGACUUUGGAUACAUCGGCUCGGCAGUGUCCCAACUCAUCUCGUUCUACCUGAUGGCCAUCCUAUUGGUUCUUUACACCCUCAUCAGUAAGGUCUUCAAGCCAACUUGGGGAGGUUGGACUGUCGAUGUUUUCUAUGACUGGGGUGUGUUUCUCAAGAUGGCUAUGGCAGGGUUGUUGAUGGUUGGUCUCGAGUGGUGGAGCUUUGAGAUCGGCACAGUAUUAGCAGGUUUGCUUGGCUCAGUUCCACUUGGCGCCCAGUCCAUUGCAUUUCAAGUCGCUUCAAUGGCAUACAUGCUUCCCCUUGGAGUUGGCCUUGCCUGUAACAUCCGGGUUGGGCAGAUGCUGGGAUCCGAGAGUCAUGGGCGGGCAUGGCAAGUUACUAAACUUGGUCUCAUUAUGAUAGUGUGUUCCAGUCUUUUCAUGGCAUCAUUUAUAGCAGCAGCAAGUAGCGUCAUCCCAUAUGUAUUCUCAUCUGAUAUUGAAGUUAUCAGAUAUGCAACAAACGUCAUUCUGAUGGUUGCACUCUUUGAGUUCUUUGACAGUAUUGCCGGAGUCUGUGCUGGUAUCCUAAGAGGUUGCGGCCGCCAGGGGAUUGGUGCAGGCAUUAUCCUGGCGUGUUAUUACAUCAUCGGCCUUCCUGUUGGAAUAUCUCUUAUGUUCCUCACAUCGUUAGAGGUACUCGGUCUUUACGUUGGGCUCACUGUUGGACUAGUUAUCGAGUCCACCGUCUUCUUCAUCGUCGUUUACAAGACAGAUUGGCAGGGAGAGGUCCAAAAGGCUCAAGUGCGUGCUGGAACGGCUGACAUGACGGAAGAUGAGAAGCAGGCCUUGCUUGACGGUAAUGACGAUGUAUUCCGAGGACGGGAUGAAGUCAAGGAGGCCGAAGAGGAGAGGAUUGCCUUCGCCAACGAAGAUAAACCGAGAAGACGAAAACGAACUCAUUCAGUUAUUCACAGUCCCUACGUCUCAAGCAGUGAAGUGAACCUGUUGGAUCAAAGCCGCUACUCAGAGAAGCCAACUGGCAAACAAGUCAUCUUUCAACGAAUGAUAUUCGUACUGGGGAUGAUCUUGACAUUUGCCGCUGGACUGUGCGUGCGGUUCUUCAUACCCAUCCAAGACCACUGGAGUGAACUCUGUAUUCCACAAAAUACAACAAACUCUCCACUUUUGAACACGACCCUGCCAUAUUGUAAUUACACUAGUGUCAUAAAUACGACCACCGCUAGUCAUGUGACGUCAACAAUUUCUGCUGCCAUAUCUUCAACGACUUUUAUGAAUACAACGGUUACUCCUUAGAUGGUCAUCAUCAUCAACAUCAUCAUCAUUAUCAUUAUUAGUCGACUGCGAUUAGGCGAUCACAAGCUUCAGCCUACUAACCCUAUCCUGGGCGAGGUCCUAUAUUUGGCUAGGUGUCAGCAGACUUUCUCCAUCUCCCGGCAGUGACCGGGUGUAAGCCAGGUAGGACCUUCGCUGGCGGCGGCCUGGGCGUCUCCUCCCAUGUGUCAGCUGGUACAGGGCGUACCAUUUAGCUGGUUAGUUUUUCCGGUAUUUGUAGAUACCAGCUGGUAUUGACCAUACUGAAUAUGCCCUGGAGCCAAAAACCUUUUUCAGCGUCAAUUAUUUUAUUGCGGAUUCAAUCGAAAGCACUGAUCAUGAUCGUGCGACAAUAUCUAUUAGGAUUUUCAAAGGAAAUGCUUUAAUGCUAGAUACUUAGUAUUCCGUGCUAAAUUACCAAUUAUAUACAUAAUCAUAAUCAUGUCGUAUGAUAUAUUUAUUCUGUUGAUGUUGAUGUUUAUUGUACGCCCGAGAUAUCUUAUGUAAAGCCGAUGUAAAUGAAUUCUCAAAGCUGUACAAUAAACUUUGAAUUGGAUAUGAUUA